AGCUCCCGAUGCGAAGCCCGGGCAAAACGAAAUAUCUAGGGUUUGGAAACCAUCUCCGAAGAAUCUCAUCCCCACCGACCUUCAAAAAAAUCCCAACAUCAGAGACUAUCCGUCCGUCCAUACAUCUGUCGUCGUCACAUCAAGAUGAUCUACGACGUCAAUUCCCCGCUCUUCCGAUCAUUCCUCAGCCAGAAAGGCGGGGCUUCCUCUGACAAGAGGAAAUCGGAAGAGCAGAAGCCCAAGGAGCAGAGGCCGAAGGCCAGCGAGAACAAGCCCGUGAUGACAGAAUAAAAGAUGGAAAAAUAUGGGUAGGUGAUGGUGUUUUCAGCAUAUGAUGAGCAGUGGGAGCUUGAGUGAUAUCGAACCUUGAUGUAGUACUUGUUUUCAAGUGGAGGGUGUGCAGCCAUCCCAGUCUUGAAUUUCAGCAACAUAAACAGGAUUUUUAGUUUUUAAUCAGCUUUGCUGCUUUCGAUCUGCUAAUGUGAUCUGUCAUGAUUAUGGUGUUACAA